AUGUUUGCUCUCCUCAUUUAUGUAUUGAUCGAAAGUCUUAAAUGUCAAAUGGAUGCUGUGUUCAGAGGCAACAAUAAUAAAAUAUUGAUUAGAUUAGUAUAAAUAGAUUGGGAGUACUCUAAAUUUAUUUAAUAAUUCGAUAUGCUUAAUCGUGCAAUUAAUAUUGGUUUCCGUAAAGCAUUGCCUCAAUAUACAUUCUCAUCGAGAAAUGGGCCAUACAAUCCAAACCGAUAUAGACAUUAUUUGAACCCAAACUUUUUCUAAUCCAACAAGGAAAUUGCUGAUAUAGCUAAAUCACAAUAAGUGCCCCUUCCAGUGCGUAAUGUCAGACAUGUCAAUCCAGUCAGACAAUCAGGCCCACUACCUCCCUAUGAUGGUCCAUACACUAUGGAAGAUGUAAGAGCUGUUUGGCAAAAUACUUCCCUUGGUAGACAAGGUACAUGGAGUUGUUAGAUGGAUCCAGAUGAAAUCAUGAGAAGAGUACCAGGAAUCACAAGAAGGGAAGUUGAGAAGAUCUUGAAUAUGGGAUUAACACCAUAAGAAUAAGUGGAUUUCGCAUAUCUAGUUUAUAAUUGUGGUUUCGAUGUGGAUUAUGUUCCAAACAGUGUUUAUGUUGCAAGAUAAGUUGUGACCAAUUCAAAAGGUGAGAAGGUUGAAAUCCUUUGGAAUGUUCAAGUUUUGGAGGAUUUGGCUAAGUUGCCUGUUGGAUUUGCACCAGUUAGGGAAUUGAUAGAUUACCAUUGGGAAAUUUUCCUGUGGUCAGAUCCUAUGAUCAAACCUACAGGUGACUUGGAUUUGGGUGUGCCUAAUACUUGGUUUGAAUAUGAAUGCGAAUGGGGAGGUGAAAUGGUUGGAAUUGAAGAUCAAUUCAAUAUUCCCGAGAGUGAUAGAGUCUUUCCUUCACCCAGAAAUCCAAAUUGCAGAAGAGAGUUAUGGAAAUCUUAGGAUGAUAUCUAAGAACAAUUGGAAAUGGAAGAUGAAAAUUGGUAUCCCAAGGGAACAUCCUACAACAUUUAUUAAUAAGCUGACUACAAGAAAGUAACUAAAUCAGACAGCACAUUCUAAGAAAAAAUAUGAUAUUUUAAGCAUAUUGAAUCAAAAUUAAAUAAUAUUAUUCUAUUUUUCAAA